UUUCAGAGUCGCCUUAAGGAGGUCGUACAGCUUCUGGAGGAUUAUAAACAUGGAACCCUUCCCCCUGGAGUCUCCAAUACAGAGCUCUGGGCGGCUCAGAAGAUAAAGCAGGCCAUCAUCCACCCGGAUACGAAUGAGAAGAUAUUCAUGCCUUUCCGAAUGUCAGGUUAUAUUCCCUUCGGGACCCCCAUAGUUGUGGGUCUUCUGCUGCCAAACCAGACCCUUUCUUCCACUGUCUUCUGGCAGUGGCUGAAUCAAAGUCACAAUGCAGGUGUCAACUAUGCAAAUCGCAAUGCUACCAAGCCUUCUCCAACAUUCAAGUUCAUCCUGGGAUACACUGGAGCUGUGAUCAGUGCGGUCUCUAUAGCGGUCGGCCUUAACGCUCUGGUCCAGAGGGCAAACAAAUUUACCCCGGCUACCCGGCUCUUCAUCCAGCGCUUUGUGCCCUUCCCGGCUGUAGCCAGUGCCAACGUUUGUAACGUGGUGUUAAUGAGACACAGCGAGCUGGAAGAGGGCAUCGACGUGCUGGACAGCAACGGAAAGAUCGUCGGCUCAUCGCGGAUAGCUGCCAAACACGCACUGAUAGAGACGGCUCUGACAAGAGUGGUGCUACCCAUGCCGAUUCUGGUUCUACCUCCCAUAAUAAUGUCUGGAUUUGAAAAGACAUCCCUGCUGCGAACAUAUCCAAGACUGGUCAUCCCAGUGCAUAGCCUUGUGUGCCUUGCUGCCUUCGGCCUGGCUCUCCCUCUAGCCAUCAGUCUCUUUCCACAGAUGUCUGAGAUUGAGACCUCUCAACUUGAGCCAGAGAUCGCGAAGAACACCACCUGCCACACGGUGGUCUACAACAAAGGAUUGUAAGCCAAAAUCCAUCACCUCAGCACGGAGCAGCGAGGAAGAGCCCCCUAGUCACUCAGCGUGGAGCGGGGAAGAGACAAGUGCACCCUGUACUUUCUCCCCUGACAGCUGGGAGAUUUGUACACCUUCACUUCGCUGUCACCUCACCAGACUAGUAGACACGCCACAUUCAAGGUUUAGCAUCACUGAGGGGGGACAAGAAGCAGCACAAAUGUGGCGUCAACAUUUUUAGGCAUCAGAUGAAGAAUACAUACCCACCAUUACUGCAUGAAGAGUGAAUCUACCCACAUGCCAAAGCCCCAGACCCAGUUCAAUGUCCGGAAGACACUGACUGAU